UGAAAUUAUUAUAGACUCGAAUCACAGUAAUCACGAUUGUAACAGUGAGAGCAAGAGAUACGUCGGAUAAUAUUUAUUUUAUCGGUAUUUCAGCAAUGAGCAUCUGAUGCAGGCGGACGCCAUUUUCGCUACGAGCAUCGGCCACGUCCUAACUUGAUGGCAGGAGAUUCGGAUCUGUUAGUGUCUACAUCGUUAAGCUUAAGAAUUCUUGUACACUGUGAAUAUACAUUCUAUAGGAAAUAAUGCCACUCAGGUUAGAUAUCAAGCGAAAGCUGACCGCAAGGUCAGACAGAGUGAAGAGCGUUGAUCUUCACCCAACUGAACCAUGGAUGCUCUGUUCGUUGUACCAAGGGAAUGUUAAUAUUUGGAAUCAUGAAACUCAGAUGUUGGUUAAAACGUUUGAAGUGUGCGACUUGCCAGUUCGUACAGCCAAAUUUGUGCCACGUAAAAAUUGGGUUGUCACUGGUUCCGAUGACAUGCAUAUAAGAGUAUUUAAUUACAAUACUUUGGAGAGGGUGCACGCUUUUGAAGCACACAGUGAUUAUGUCAGAUGUAUUGCUGUACACCCAACACAGCCAUUUAUAUUAACUAGUAGUGAUGAUAUGUUAAUUAAAUUAUGGAACUGGGAAAAGGCCUGGAUAGGGCAGCAAGUAUUUGAAGGUCAUACUCAUUAUGUUAUGCAAAUUGUGUUUAAUCCAAAGGAUAAUAAUACAUUUGCUAGCGCUUCAUUGGACAGAACUGUAAAAGUAUGGCAACUUGGAUCUUCUACUGCCAAUUUCACACUGGAAGGCCAUGAAAAGGGUGCUAAUUGCGUUGACUACUAUCAUGGUGGUGACAAACCAUAUUUAAUAUCAGGAGCAGACGACAAAUAUGUUAAAAUAUGGGAUUAUCAGAAUAAGACUUGUGUACAGACUUUGGAAGGACACACGCAGAAUAUUUCAGCAGUUUGCUUCCAUCCAGAAUUACCUAUUAUACUUACUGGUUCUGAGGAUGGUACUGUAAGAAUAUGGCAUGCAGGAACAUACAGACUAGAAUCAUCUCUGAACUAUGGUUUUGAGAGAGUGUGGACAAUUGCCUGUAUGCGAGGUUCAAACAAUGUAGCAAUUGGUUAUGAUGAGGGCAGUGUUAUGGUAAAAGUUGGAAGAGAAGAGCCUGCUGUUUCUAUGGAUUCUUUGGGUGGCAAAAUUGUGUGGGCAAAACACAGCGAAAUACAGCAAGUAAACUUAAAAGCCCUAGGAGAAGAAGCACAAGAUGGAGAAAGACUCCCAUUGGCAGUGAAAGACAUGGGUGCCUGUGAAAUUUAUCCACAGACUAUUCAGCACAAUCCAAAUGGAAGAUUUUUGGUGGUUUGUGGAGAUGGAGAAUAUAUUAUUUACACCUCCAUGGCACUAAGAAACAAAGCAUUCGGACAAGCAUCAGAAUUUGUAUGGGCUGCUGAUUCAAGUCAGUAUGCUGUCAGAGAAAGUAACACUACUGUAAAAGUUUUUAAGAACUUCAAAGAGAAGAAGAGCUUUAAACCCGAAUUUGGCGCUGAUGGUAUCUUUGGUGGAUUUUUAUUGGGCGUUUCAUCUGGAUCUGGCCUAUCUUUCUUCGAUUGGGAUACAUUAAAAUUGGUUCGCCGUAUAGACAUUCAACCUACUCAUGUUUACUGGGCCGAGAACGCUUCUUUGGUAACAUUAGCCACGUCCGAUCAAUAUUUCAUUUUAAAGUAUCAUUCUGAUGCUGUCGUGUAUGCUCCUGAAAAUUCAGAAGACAUUGAAGAGGCUUUCGAGAUGGUUGCAGAAAUGAGCGAGGUUGUGAAAACUGGUCUCUGGGUGGGUGACUGUUUCAUUUACACGAACAGCGUCAACCGGGUAAACUACUUCGUCGGUGGAGAAGUUGUGACUGUCUCACAUUUGGAUAGACCGAUGUAUCUUCUCGGAUAUGUUCCUAGGGACAAUAGAUUGUACUUAUGCGAUAAAGAAUUAUCAGUCGUGUCAUAUUCGUUAUUACUUUCUGUACUGGAAUAUCAAACAGCCGUUAUGCGAAAAGAUUUCGAAACAGCGGACAGAGUACUGCCUACAGUUCCAAAGGAACAUCGAACACGGGUUGCACACUUUUUAGAAAAACAGGGUUUCAAAGAACAAGCGUUAGCAGUUUCCACAGACCCGGAACACAGGUUUGAACUGGCUCUGGCGUUAGGAGAUCUCGUUACAGCGCACUCGCUCGCUAAAGAAGCCAACAGUCAACAAAAAUGGCGACAAUUAGCGUCACUUGCCACUCAGAAGGGUAAAUUGUGCUUGGCACAAGAAUGUUUGCAUCAAGCACAAGACUUCGGAGGACUUCUACUGCUCGCAACCAGCACCGGUAACGCAAAUAUGAUUCAGAAACUCGGUGCGGAUGCCAACGAAACCGGCAAGAACAACAUUUCUUUCUUGUCGUACUUCAUUCUCGGAGAUGUGGAUAAAUGUUUAGACAUUCUUAUAAAAACGGAUAGAAUUCCUGAAGCUGCGUUCUUCGCCAGAACAUAUGCACCAAGUAAAAUUUCAUCGAUCGUCAAACUGUGGAAAGAAAAGUUAUCCACGGUGAGCGAGAAGGCUGGACAAAGCUUGGCCGAUCCUGAACAGUACGAAAAUCUGUUCCCUGGCUACAGGGAAUCGUUGAAAGUCGAACAAUUUCUUAGAGAACAAAGCAAACAGAAAAUUCCUGCCUCUGCGUUCCCAAACGUGCAAUCCAAUGUUGACCGAAAACCAAUCGAGGAAAUGUUAGCUGCAGAAGAAGCGAAUCAAUUCACGUAUAAACCAGGCACAACUACCAACGGUGAAUUCGAAGUGCCAUCGACCGAAGGUUUGACGAAUAGGUUACAAGAUCUGGAUAUUAGUAAAGUAAUUCCACCAUCCGCUGAAAAAUCAAGCGUUCCUGAAAAAGCUGCAAAGCCUAGCAGCAACUCCAGGCCGCUCACCGUGGACGAAGACGAUUUGGACCUCGAUUUCGAAAUUGACGAAACCAUAGAUACUACAGGUGUAAGUCUCGACGACGACCUUCUUGAAGAGGAUUAGCCGUUCGAUUGGAAGGCAUCAGCUUGUACGUUGUACGUGCAAUUUCCAUUCUCCUUCCGUCAGUCAUUCCCCGUGUGUCGACCAGAAGUCGUUUAGAAUCAAGUAUUAAGAAAACGUUGAAGGACAUUUUUGUGCGCGAGUGUUUUUAUCAACGCAUACGAUCACAGAUACAGUACAUCCUGUGCACGUGGAUUUUACCCGUGUACCGAAGAUUAAAUAUAUUGUUAAUAUAAAGGAAUAAUCAAAUAG